UGAGUCGCUUUCGAGGCACGUCAAGCUCCGUUCCAGGUUGGCUCCUUCACCUGUCCAUCACCCCGAAAUCUCCGCCGUCAACCAAUAGGAAGUUGAGAAGGCGGACCGUUGCUAAGGAGGAUGUUUGGUUGAGCCGCUCGCUCGCAGCCAUUCAGCGGCGGUAGCCGAAGCGAUUGGGCUGCGUGAGUCUCUUCCAGGUCUUUCUGUGGAAUUUGAAUUAUUUCCCCCGGAGGGCCGCCGACACGCUUAGCCUCGCGGCGGGGGAGGCGGCGGAAUACGCGACGGCGCUACCGUCUGGCUUGGUCUGGUGGUCACAGGGAGCUCCGCGAUGAACAAGCUACGGCAGAGCUUCCGGCGGAAGAAGGACAUCUACGUGCCCGAGUCCAGCCGGCCUCACCAAUGGCAGACGGAUGAGGAGGCGGUCCGUAGUGGGAAGUGCAGCUUUGCGGUCAAGUACUUGGGACACGUGGAGGUGGAGGAGUCGCGGGGCAUGCACAUCUGCGAGGACGCAGUCAAGCGGCUGAAGACGGACAGGAAAUUCUUCAAAGGAUUCUUUUCCAAAGCUGGGAAGAAGGCAGUGCGCGCCGUGCUGUGGGUGUCAGCAGACGGUCUGCGCGUGGUCGACGAUAAAACUAAGGACCUGAUCCUAGACCAGACCAUCGAAAAGGUGUCAUUCUGUGCGCCGGACCGCAACUUCGAGAGAGCAUUUUCGUACAUCUGCCGCGACGGGACGACGCGCCGCUGGAUCUGCCAUUGCUUCAUGGCUGUCAAAGACUCUGGGGAGCGGCUGAGCCACGCCGUGGGCUGCGCCUUCGCCGCCUGCCUGGAGCGCAAGCAGAAGCGGGAGAAGGAAUGCGGCGUCACGGCAACCUUCGAUGCCAACCGGACCACCUUCACCCGCGAAGGCUCCUUCCGCGUCACCACGGCGACGGAGGCUGCCGAGCGGGAGGAAGUCAUGAGGCAGCUGCAGGACGCCAAAAAAGCUGAGAGCGACGCCAAGGCUGCGGGGAACUCGUCGGCGGCGGGCGGCGUGAUCAACAUUUCCGCCGUACAGUCGGGCGGCUCGCCGUCGCCCUCGUCGUCGCCGCCGCUCCCGCCGGCCGGACUGGGCCCGCAGGCCAUACCCCGGCGGCACGCCCCCGCCGAGGCGCUGGCCAGGCAGGGCUCCUUCCGCGGCUUCCCGGCGCUCAGCCAGAAGACGUCGCCCUUCAAGCGGCAGCUGUCGCUCCGCAUGAACGAGCUGCCGUCCACCGUGCAGCGCAAGUCGGACUUCCCCAUCAGGAAUGCGGUGCCUGAGGUGGAAGGAGAGAAUGACAGCAUCAGCUCGCUAUGCACUCAGAUCACCACAGCGUUCAGCGGGCCCCCGGAGGACCCCUUUUCCUCGGCGCCCAUGCCCAAAGCGCUCGCCUCGCCGCAGUCGCCCGGAGCGCCAGUCAACGGCUCUGCUGCCACCGCUACCGCUUCCCUCUCUGCGCCGCAUCCUCUUCCUCCUCCCCCACCUCCCACCGCCGCCGUCAAUCCUCCAGCUCCGAGCCCGGCGGCGUUGGCCCCCGCUCUACCCGCUCGAGACACUAACCCCUGGGCCAAGACCCCCGCUGGGGUCCCGGCCCCGACGGCACCCGGAGGCGAUUGGUCGUCGUCCACUCCGGUCAUCAUCGUCCCACCCGCGUCUUCUCCCGCGUUGCCCUCGCACAAGCGAACCCCCUCCGAAGCGGAAAAGUGGCUGGAGGAGGUUUCCAAGUCUGUCCGGGCCCCUCCGCCGAACCCCAUCCUGGCGGCGGGCCCGCUGCCCGCCGCUUCGUUUGCCGCCCCCGCCGCGCCCUUGCCCCCGGUGGCCUACACGCCCCUGCUGCCCCCGCGCCAGACUGCUUUCCACCCCAUGUCCAACGGGCUGUCCUUCCCCCAGCCCAGCGUGCCUGUGGUGGGCAUCACCCCCUCGCAAAUGGUGGCCAACGUCUUCGGCUCGGCCGCGCAACCCCAGCCGUUUCCCUUCCCCGCCCCCGUAGCGCCCCCGGGUGCCGUCGCCGCGGGGCCCUUCAUCAAGCCGCCGCCCGCCGCCCCCGUUCACCCCGCCAAUGGCAGCGGGAGCGUCAACGGGGGGAACAAUUGGGCGGCGCUUUCCCACCUGCACCCCCACGCCUCGCCCGCGGCCGCCCCCCCGCAGCAGCCGCAGGAGGACGCCUUCGAGGCCCAGUGGGCGGCGCUCGAGGGGCGCUCGCACCAGCGCACUACGCCGUCGCCCACCAACCCCUUCUCCACCGAGCUGCACAAAACCUUUGAGAUCCAGCUCUGAUGACUGUGGCUGAGGGAAGGGAUGGUCUCCAGGUUGUGGGAGUGCGGGGCAGCGGCGGUCGCGGUGGGUGGGGUCAGCUCAAACACCCCCCCCCCCCAAAAAAAAAAAAAAAAAAAAAACCUGCUGCUGUUCUUCACGGUUUCAUCAACAAUUUCCGUGCUCGUUUUGAUUGCGCUCUGGAGAUCCACCGCCGCCCGCCCUGCAAACCACGCCCCCCUUCCGCCCCCCCCCCUCCACCCGCUUAUGCCAUCCAUCCUCACUCAACUGGAAGAAUUAAGCAAGACAAUGCCAAAAUGUUUAUUUUUAUGCAUCAAGUAUAUUUUAAAUAGCUUUGGAUUCCCAGCAUCAUCUUGCCAAAGGCACAGAUCAUGACAAAUUAGCAUAUAUGUAUAUUAUACAUAAUGUAUAUUAUACCUAAGUAUACAAAUUUAUCUAUAUAAAAAAUCUUACAGCAGUGGUUAUUUUUAAUGUGAUGUAAAGAGAUUUUGUGAAGGGACAGCUGCUUUACUUUUUUUUUUUUUUGGCGUGUUUUAUGUUAUUUUUUAGUCUUUUGGUGGUCAACUGUAAAUAUUACAGUCGUUGCAGCAACAAUCAAUGAGGACCUAACGACAGUGGCAGCAACCAACGGUGCGCUCGCAUUUUAAUUUUUUUAAUUUUACGAGGGGAAAUGAUUAUUUUGCGACAGGUCGUCUCCCAAAUACU